AUGAGCAGUUCCCAUGGGUCGUCUUUCGAUCAGUUGAGCAAUCUGACUCUUGACCAGCUUGCAAGUAUGUCUAACAUUGAUUUCCUCAAGACUGUGCGACAAUGGAAGAGCUACGCAUCGGAAGAAGACAGGGAAGCGAACGACGUUCUUUACGCUUUCAUUGAGCAAGCACGCCGGCAGAUGACGGAGGAAGAGGGCCCAUCUGGUGAGGCAGAUGUUCCAGAGUCAUCUGGUGAGGCAGGUGUGCCAGAGGAGGGUUCAUCUGCCGGGGAAGCAGAUGUGCCAGAUGAUUCAGGGUGGGUGAUGUGGUGCUCAUUGCCUGUUGCUUCUUGA